GAAAUUCUCGCUUCUUGCAGGUUUUUCUGAAGAACUCAACUCUUCGUCUCUUUCUCUCCAUUCUCCUUUAAUAUCUCCUUCGAUCGGGUUAUGGUUGUUGAAAUGUCUUUUUCAAAAAACAUGGAGCUGUCACUGAUUCCAUCGCUUCCAGAUGACGUAGCCAUUGACAUCGUAGCUCGUGUGCCCAGAAGCCACUACCCGACACUCUCCCUCGUUUCCAAGAGUUUCAGGAAUCUCAUCGCCUCGCCUAAGCUCUACAAGACACGAUCUCAGCUAGGCAUCACCCAACACCGUGUCUACGCCGUCCUCCGCAACCGCAACACCGGUGAUUUCAGUUUCUACAUCCUCCACCAAAGGCUCAACAGCUACAACCGCUUGGUCCAUGUCCGGACACUUCCUCACAUGUCUUCCCGUGGAAGCUAUGUCCCGGUUGGUUCGAAGGUGUACGCGUUUAACAACCUCUCAGCGGUCAGCUUUGACUGCAUUUCUCACAGGGCUCAGCGCGUCCCCGACAUUCCUCAGCGCAUGUGUUAUAAAGAGGUUAACGUCAUCGGGAAGAAGGUUUAUGUAAUUGGUGAUGCGUUUUGUCAUUACGUUGGCGAGAACGGGUGGUCGAAAGGGUGGCAGAAGGCAGUCACAGUGUUUGAUACAGAAACCCAAUCGUGGGAGCCUAAGUUGGUAAACAAAGACAUGUCUGUAGGUCUAGGCCCUUUUUGGUCUGAUUCUGUUGUGAUGGAGGGUAAGAUUUACCUGAAAGGUUACAGGAAUGGUGAUUCUUUUGUUUAUGGACCAAGGGAAAGGAAAUGGGAAUCGAUGGAUGAGGUGAUGAAUUCCAAGGAGUGGGAGGGUUCGUGUGUAAUUGAGGAUGUCUUGUACUAUCAUGACCGUUCCGGGAAGGCGUUGAGGGCGUAUGAUCCAAAAGAGAAUUCUUGGAGUGUUGUCAAUGGUUUAGAGGAGUUUUUGGCUGUGGAGACUGCUCGUUCAAGGUGGUCCCUAACGGUGAACUACGGUCCCAAGAAGCUGGCUCUCUUCUUUCCUAAAAAACGGGAUGGCGAGAAGCUGAUUUGCUGCGCGGAGAUCGCUUUAGAAAGGCACCAAGGAGGAGAGAUUUGGGGUAAGGUGCAGUGGUGUCAUAUUGUCAUUGGCGAUGGGCUUUUCGACAUGGUGAAAGUUGUGGCUGUUACGGUUUGAUGCAGCACAAAGUCUAUUUAGUUCCUUCGUAUUGAAAUUUAUCCUAAUUCCCUACGUGUUGUUGGAAGUGUGCUUACAUCGUUAACGUAGACAAAAACAUUUAGAGCGUGUUGUUGUGUUUAAUGUUGUAUGUUUAAAACUUGUGGUGUGUUGUUUAUUAGAUCGCUUCCUUGAGACUUUAAGUUUGCUCUGUUUUCUAGUUGUUCCCUUUAGAAAUAUUUUGAGGUUUGC